AUGGGGAUAGGAUUGUUUCAAGGAGCUACUAACUUCUUUUUGAAUGGAAUCGUUUUAUCUGUAUUGUAUGGAGGGUCUUCUCUCAUAAACUCAGGUCAAAUGUCUCCUGGAGAGCUGAUGUCGUUCCUUGUCACUGCCCAAACCAUCCAGAGGUCACUGAGUCAGCUUUCUGUAGUAUUCGGAAAUGCUGUGCGAGGUUGGACCGCUGGUGCAAGAGCGUUUGAGUUUGUCAAUCUGCGCCCUUCCAUACCAAAUAAUGACGGUGUCUGCAUCCCCUACCACACGUUGUGGGGAGAAGUACGAUUUGAAGACGUAGACUUUGCAUACCCGACGCGACCGGAUCAUCAAGUGUUCGAAAAGUUGAAUCUCACCAUACCGGCGGGUCAGAUUGUGGCCCUUUGUGGACCCAGUGGUGAAGGCAAGUGGUCGAAAAAGGUUCGAAGUGGCCUACUUAACAUACCACUUAUAGGAAAAACAACCAUAACCUCUCUGCUGGAACGUUUUUAUGAGCCAGUCUCUGGUCGAGUGCUUUUGGACAAUCAAGAUUUGAAGACUCUGAAUGUAGAGUGGUUACGGGGUCAGGUCAUAGGGCUGAUCUCACAAGAGCCCGUCCUGUUUGCAACUACUAUCGAGGAGAACAUCCGCUAUGGACGACCUGGAGCCACUCGUAAGGAGGUCAUCAAAGCUGCUAAGCUGGCAAACGCACAUGAUUUCAUCGCCAAGUUCCCUGAUGGAUAUAGCACGGUGGUAGGAGAACGUGGCGCACAGUUAUCCGGAGGACAGAAACAGCGAAUUGCAAUCGCAAGGGCAUUGUUGAAAGAUCCACCUAUACUCGUCCUUGAUGAAGCAACUAGUGCUCUCGAUUCCGAAAGCGAGCGCUUGGUGAGUUGAAU